AUGGGGAAAAUCGAUGAUUUGGCGGAUGUUCUUCACGGCACAGUAGCGGCGUUGACAGAUCGAGUCGAUAAGAUGCAAGGUGCGGUUGGGAUCAGCUCACGGAGGCUCAUCACGUCGUCACCGAUCGUAUGGAUGCGAUGGAUCGAAACCUAUCUCGUAUCAUGGAAUCGUUGUCGCGGAUCGAAGGAAAUCGGAAUCCGGAGUCCGUCUCACCGGAAUCGCACGACAUCACCGACGGCGGAUGAUCGUGAGGUACGUGAUUCUGUUCCACCGGAUCCUGGAGAAUCACUAGGUUAUCGGAAAUGUAGCUCAGUUUUAGAGAACCGUAAUAACAUGUUGAAGCGAAUUGAGCUACCGGCGUUCGCCGGAACAGAUCCGUAUUUGUGGAUUUCGCAAGCAGAGAGGUUUUUCCGUCUGGGGAAAUAUAACGAUGAAGAUCGUUUGGAUCUGUUAUCCAUCACUCUUCAAGGACCGGCACUGCAUUGGUUCAACAGAGAGAUGCAGCGGGAACCGUUCAGUGAUUGGUGUCAGUUUAAACGAAGAAUGAUCGCCUAG